AUGGCGGCGGGCCGAGCGCCGCCUCUUCCGCCUGCCGGGUGUCGCACGAGGCCGGCUUGAAGGGGAAGUGAGUCAGUGUUUGUGGACCGGGCUGGCUAAGGCCCGCGCCCGCCGAGGCCCGGAGAGGCCUCGGCCCGGCGGCGGGGGCGGCGGCAACGGUCAUGGCCGGGGGCCCGGGCCCCGGGGAGCCUGUGGUUCCCGGCGCCCAGCAUUUCUUGUACGAGGUGCCUCCCUGGGUUAUGUGCCGUUUCUACAAAGUGAUGGACGCCCUGGAGCCCGCCGACUGGUGCCAGUUCGCGGCCUUGAUCGUGCGCGACCAGACAGAGCUGCGGCUGUGUGAGCGCUCCGAGCAGCGCACGGCCAGUGUCCUGUGGCCCUGGAUCAACCGCAACGCGCGUGUGGCUGACCUCGUUCACAUCCUCACGCACCUGCAGCUGCUGCGUGCGCGGGACAUCAUUACAGCCUGGCACCCUCCUGCCUCUGUUCUGCCCCCAAGCACCGGUGCCCCAAGGCCCAGCAGCAUCUCUGCAGGCUCUGAGACUGAGGACUGGAGCCCCCGGAAAUUGCAGUCCUCUGCCUCCACCUUCCUCUCCCCAGCUUUUCCAGGCUCCCAGACCCAUUCUGAGUCAGAGCUCCUCCAGGUUCCACUCUCUGAUUCCCUCGGGCCACCACUACAAUCUUCAGCCCCCUCCUCCAUCAAGCAGCCAAGCCCAGAGAGCCCAGUGUCUGGCCUCCAAAGAGCUCGUCCCUCCCCAUUUUGCUGGCCCUUCUGUGAGAUUUCCCAAGGCACUUGCAACUUCUCUGAAGAACUCAGGAUUGGAGAGGGUGGUUUUGGGUGUGUGUACCGAGCAGUAAUGAGAAAUACUACAUAUGCUGUGAAGAGACUGAAGGAGGAGGCUGACCUAGAGUGGACUGUGGUGAAACAGAGCUUCCUAACAGAGGUGGAACAGCUAUCAAGGUUUCGUCACCCAAAUAUCGUGGACUUUGCUGGCUACUGUGCAGAGAGUGGCUUCUACUGCCUUGUUUAUGGCUUCCUGCCCAAUGGCUCCUUAGAGGAUCAGCUUCACCUUCAGACCCAAGCCUGCUCCCCACUUUCCUGGCCUCAACGACUGGACAUUCUUCUGGGCACAGCCCGGGCUAUUCAGUUUUUACAUCAGGACAGCCCCAGCCUUAUCCAUGGAGACAUCAAGAGUUCUAAUGUGCUUCUGGAUGAGAGACUGAUGCCCAAGCUGGGAGACUUUGGUCUGGCUCGUUUCAGCCGCUUUGCAGGGGCCAACCCAAGCCAGAGCAGUACUGUGGCCCGGACUUGCACAGUUCGAGGUACCCUCGCCUACCUGCCUGAGGAGUACAUCAAGACAGGCCGGCUGGCUGUGGACACCGAUACCUUCAGCUUUGGGGUGGUAAUACUGGAGACCCUUGCUGGUCAGAGGGCUGUGAGGACACAAGGUGCAAAAACCAAAUAUCUGAAAGACCUGAUUGAAGAUGAGGCUGAAGAGGUGGGAGUGACCUUAAAAAGCACCCAGCCUACUUUGUGGAUGGGUGUAGCCACGGAUGCUUGGACUGCUCCAAUUGCUGCCCAGAUCUAUAAGAAGCACCUGGACUCCAGACCUGGGCCCUGCCCACCCCAGUUGGGCCUGGCCCUGGCUCAACUAGCUUGCUGCUGCAUGCACCGUCGGGCCAAGAAGAGGCCACCCAUGACCCAGGUAUACAAGAGACUAGAAGGGCUUCAGGCAGUACCUCCCUGGAAGCUAGAGGUUGCCGGCCAUGGCUCUCCUUCCCCACAGGAGAACUCCUACAUGUCCACCACUGGCAGUGCCCAGAGUGGGGAUGAACCAUGGCAGCCUCUGGUAGUGACCACAAGAGCUCCAGCCCAGGCUGCCCAGCAACUCCAGAGAAGUCCCAACCAGCCAGUGGAGAGUGAUGAGAGUGUUCCUGGCCUCUCUGCUACCCUGCAUUCCUGGCACUUGACUCCAGAUUCCCACCCAAGCCCUGUGUCCUUCAGAGAGGCUAGCUGUACACAAGGAGGCACUACCAGAGAAUCAAGUUUGAGGAGUGGCCCAGGCUUCCAGCCUACGACCAUGGAAGGCUCAUCGAUGGGCAGUUCAUCCCUGCUGUCAUCAGAGCCACCACAGAUCAUCAUCAACCCAGCCCGACAGAAGAUGGUACAAAAGCUGGCCCUGUAUGAAGAGGGGGUCUUGGAUAGCCUGCAACUGCUGUCAUCAGGCUUUUUCCCAGGCUUGGAUUUAGAACCUGAAAAGAGAAAGAGACCUGAAGAAAGUGAUGAAUUCCAGAGCUGAUUUAUUCACUCAGACUCAGAUGUCAAAGUUCUCAUUGUUGGAAGUUCUCAUGGUGUACAAACUCCUCAGUACCCCAAAGGCAUCAGGUGUGGUGGCCCACCCUGGCAAAGGAGAGAGGGUGGUGGACCCUGUUAUUCUCAUAAUGUAAGCACAGACAAGGCCAGCCAAAGAACCUGAUAGAAGCUGAUAAGGCUGGCAGUGUUGGGCCAGCAUUUGUGAGCAAGGCAAGCAGAGCACCUAAGGGAUUGGGUAGUAUAUAACAGAAGACUGCUAGCUACACAGGCCCAGAGGACGCAAGUGGGUCUGUUUCUAUGGUGGAGCUGGCUCCCCUGAGAGCUAGACAGAAUAUCUGCAGCCUAACUAUGAAUCCAUUCCUAUGAACUUCCCUAGAACCCCAAGAGAAAGAAGCUAUUGUGCUUUUAAAAUGCAAAUAAUAAUAAUAAUAGUAAUAAUAAUAAUGAGUGUCUUACAGUUCAGUCCACUAGCUAAAAAUGAGCACUCUGAGAUUCUCCCAAGAGUCCGAGUCCAGUAAAACCCCCAUCACCAUCUUGGGUGGGUAUGUGCAAACCUUGGCACAUACCAGUGAACUAGUUUCAUGUGCCUACUGCCUGCUAGGCAGGCUGUUUCUAGACCCUGCAAUUGACUGGAUGCUCAGAUUGAGCUGUAGACCAAGGUUCUGCUUAUGGCAGAAAGGUCCAGCAAAGCCCAGCCCAGACAGUGAGAAGCCCCAAGAAAUCAGAAACUGAGAGCAAAGCUAAGUAUUUGAGGAGGGAGGAAUGUUACAUUGUAAGAAACAAGUUUUUGUGUAACCAAGUGUCUUCACAAGUCACCCAGGGUUAUAGCCCAGGCUUACAGUGAUUCUGUGUUCGAGUCACACUACAUGCUCCUGUGAAAUUGGUGACAUCCAAUUUGUCCUUGAGUAAUAAAAGCAUACAUUUCACUGUCUGAUUAAACUUGUGGAAUUUGUUGUACUAAAAGCUUUAUGCUUUCCUAAUGCUUUAUAUCUCUGGGUUCUUAAGUUUCCUCCUGAAACUCAGGCCCCUGGAAUUUGUUCUUUUCUCUUGCCAAGCCCAGACUGGUGAUAGAUCCCCAAUGCUGCUCCCCUUGCUUUCGUGUCUUGCAGAUUUCAUGGAUAUUGAUGCUAUUGGAAAUGAUGUCUGAAUUACUCAUCAAUCAUAUAUAGAAAUUUAAUUAAGUUUUGACUCUGAUCUUUAUUCUGUGACCUUACUUAAAUGCACUUACUAGUCCCAAUUGUUUUGGGGAUGAUUACUCUGGGAUAGUUUGUAUACAAUCAUCCCAUCUGAAAAUAAAGACAAUUUUACUUCAUUGUCAACCUA